AUGACUUUCUCCGACUCCAAGGGAGGCGCAUGGGGCCAGCAAUGGCGGUCAUCGCCCCUUUUCAUUGUCAGCGCCAUGGCGAUGGCCUUGUUCACUGACACCUUUCUCUACGCCUUCCUCGUCCCCAUCCUCCCCUACGUUCUCGAAAACCGCCUCGGAUUAGACGUAUCCCUCACCCAGCGCGUGAGUUUCGCUUUGCUGUCAGAAACCGCCAUCGCUGCUCUCGUUACAAGCCCUUUCAUUGGCCACUAUGCCGAUCGCAUGUCCUCCAAGCGAAUCUUGCUCGUUGGAUCGCUGUUAGCUGCGUUGUUUGGAUCCAUAGUUCUGGCCUUGGCGACAUCAACAUUCACUCUCUUCGUGGGACGUCUCAUUCAAGCGAUUGCCAGCUCCUUCAUCUGGGUGGUUGGAUACGCCACGAUCGCGGACAAUGUGCAACCGGAAAAUCUGGGCAAGACAUACGGGGUUAUUUCUCUGGUCGUAGCAGCAGGUACCUCAGGGGGUCCGAUGGUUGCGGGCAUUCUUUUCGAACUGGGCGGAUACUGGGUAGCAUGGUCUAGUGCCUUUAUUAUCCUUAUCCUCGACAUUAUUCUUCGUCUGCUCAUGCUGGAAAAGCCGGACGUCCAAGGCGACACGGAGUAUUCUAGCAAUGCGAGUGUCGCAUCGGACCCUGAACGCGCACCUCUCCUGAGCAGUAAUCCCGGCCUCGAGGGCGACAUGGCGGGCUGGAAGUUUUAUGUAUAUAUUUUGCGGUAUCGCCGCUUCGUCUGCGGCGUGAUCAGCUAUCUUUCCUUUGCUGUUCUGGUCUCCAGCUUCGACACUACCCUUCCUCUUCAUGUUCGCGAUGUCUUCAGCUGGGGUAGUUUUCCUGCUGGUAUGAUGUUUUUCGCCCUGCAAGGUCCCGGGAUCCUUCUUAGCCCCAUCUGUGGUUGGCUGAAAGAUCGGGUCGGGACACGAUGGCCUACCACGGUCGGCUUUUUGCUUCUCGCGCCCGUGAUGUGGGUGAUCGGCAUGCCUGGUGACGAGCGAUUCCCAUGGGCGAAUGAGGGCGACCGCGGAAAAAUUAUCUACGCUGUCGGUGUUACUGUGGUGGGAUCAGUGUCCUGUCUGCUGAACGGGGCCGGUACAAUCGAAGCUACGGUCACCAUUGACGAAGUCGAAGCCAAGCACCCCGGCAUCUUUGGCCCCAACGGAGGCUAUUCCCGUGCUCUCUCAGUAGCCAGUAUGGGAUGGACGCUCGGAGCAUUCAUCGGGCCCAUCAUCUCCGGCUAUAUCGCCGAACAGGUCGGAUACUACGAGAUGAGCUGCGUUAUCGCAAUUGUCUGCCUUCUCUCCGGCGUCAACACUGUCUUCAACCUAGACUCGAAAGUCCAUUUCGACCGUGUGGCGGAAUCCACCUAG